UUCCGCUGUCAACAAUAGCACAUGUGUUGAAAAUAGUGUGGUACUGAAGUUAGAGACAAGUUGUUGCCUUGACUUCUUCAUAGGGAAUGAAAAUGCCAGCCGAAGUAAAUAAAGAUAAUAAACUAGCUGGCUUUAGACCAUCUCAAGAAAUAUUAGAUGUUUUUUGGACCCUUUCAGAUGGCACUGAUGAGCAGAGAAAUGCUGCUGCAUUGAAACUUGCAAAUUUAAUUGAAAAAUCUGAAGUGAGUGAUAUAAAAGCCAAUACUCUAACAUACUGCAGAGAUAGGCUGGUGAGAGGACUGAGCUCAGGAAGAAAGUUUGCUCGGGUGGGGUUUUCUGUGGCUCUCACACAGCUGCUAAGACAAUAUGCUGAGAUUGAUACAACUGAUGUCUUGUCGGCAAUCAAAGAGAAGCUGAAAGUUUCACAUUAUGAUAAGUCAAAAACUGACGUAGGUGGGAUCUACCUAGGUCAAGCCUUUGCUUUCUCCACCAUUAUCCAGUCUGGGAGGAUCACACAGUUGAGCGGAGCAGCUCUGAGUACAGUUGUAGAAGAACUGUUGAGCCUGGCUGAAAAAAAAUCUUACUUGAAACCUGUGUGUAGCAGAAUUGUAGAGGACCUCAUAACUAAGAUUUCAGACACUGACUUUGAAGAGCAUGUUUGGCCUAAAGUAAAAACCACAUUAAAGGCAGGUUGGGAAUCGUGUACGUUAGAUCGGGUCUCACUUCUGCUGGUCUGUAGAAACAGAUUCCCGAAAAUCACCAAAAAGAAGUUCCUCAAAAAAUACUGGGGAUUCCCCUUAUUUUCAGAAGAAAAUGAUGAUAAGCUUAUGCAUUCUAUUUUGGCUACAGCGCAGAAAACAGAAAUUCUUUUGGAAAAAAUUCUUCCCAAAAUGGUUGAUGAUGACAGAGAUGUCAUUUCUAUCUGGAAAGGAAUUGGAGAAAAACUGAUGGAACAGCUCCCUGAGAAGAAAGCGGAUGCUAUGGUACACAGACAAUGCAUUGGGCUGAAAAUAGCCAGCAAACUCCUGUCUACAGUAACAGACCCUGAACAGACACUAGAUUUCAUACUAAGUCCAUCUCUGGUGAAAUUUGUGUUCCAUUCCAUCACAAAGAAAAAUGAUCCUCUUGUCACUGCUACUGAUCAUUUGUUCAACCAGUGGUGCACAAUGCUGAAGACAUCAGGUGCCAAUAUUUUUGAAGUUGUUGAAAGAAUCUGGAAGUUGGAAGCCACUCUAUCAGCUGAUAGCAGAUCUGGCAAGGUUGACCUUGUCAACUCCCAGAACUGUGCUAGUCUUAUAGAUUUGAUGAGUGUGGUGGAUGCUGAGACGUAUGUGUCUGUCCUGAUAAAGUUGGUGCUGGGCAAGGACAAGUGGAGAGUUCUAUCCAACCAUCCGUCCAAGAGACAGAAGCAGCAGGAGUGGUGUCUGCGUCAGCUACAACACAUCACAUGCUCCCAGAGACACACAACGCCCAACAUUCAGCAGACGGUGUUGGCAUUGUUCCUGCGACUGGCAUUCUUCCAUGUACAGGAAAAAGACAAGAGUGUUCAACAUUGUGAGAGAUGCCAAAACUUUGAAGAGAACAGCCCCAACAGAAAACUGUGUGAAACUUUGUUUUAUAAAAGUCUAGACAUCUUAUCAACACUGACCACUGGUCAACAGAGCAAACAUGACCAGUUUUCACAUUACCUUGACCUUAUGUUUUACCAGACCCAGUACAUUCAGACUCUGUAUGUCUCAGACAAAGUUAAACCAAUCAAAGAAUGGUCAGUAGAGAUGAAGAAAGAAUGGGAACAGUUGUGCACUCACAUCUUAAAGGUACAAGAGAAGAUGAAGAAAGAAAAAGAGACAUCGUUUGCUUCAGCUUUUCUCAUACUCUUCUCCUACCUGGCCUUUCAUUUGUUGACUGACUUUAAAACUGCUUCAGAGUUGCUACAGGAUAUUUAUGUGUGUUAUGACAAAGCUGCCAAAGGCAAGAAGAAGAAAGACACAGCAAACACUGACGAGCCCCACUGGGUUGAGGUAGUGACUGAGGUCUUGCUGCACCUGAUGUCCCUGCCGUCUCACCUGACCCGUGUCAUCACCGCCAUGGUGUUCAAGUCAUUGUCCAACCAGCUCACACCUGCAGCCAUCAGCCUUAUCACUGAGGUUCUUACACCCAAAAAAACAAGUGAGGAUGAUGCUGGUGGUAUUCUGGUGAAUGCAGAGGAUGAUGAAGAAAUUGAAGAAGAUAGUGAUGAUGAGGAUAUAGCUGAUGAAGAGAGUGAUGAUGAUGAUGAUGAAGAAAGUGAAGAUAAAUCAGAAGAUGAUUCAGCAGAUGAUCAGGAAGAGGAGAAAGUAGAUGAUAAAUUCCGCCAGUCUGUAAAGCAAGCUCUAGGUGAAGCUGCUUUAGAUGAUGAUGAAGAAGAGGAGGACCUGCCUGACCUGAGUGACUCGGAGAUGUUCAAGUUGGAUGACAUGCUGGCCGAGGUGUUCAGGCAGAGGAAGAAGGGAGGGGGGAAGAAGGCUAGGGAGGAAAAAAAGAAAGAGCUUGUCAAUUUGAGAGUCAGAGUCCUUGACCUUGUGGAAGUACUGAUCAAAGGUGAAAGGGCAGGAGACUUUUUACUGGAUUUGCUGAAGCCCCUAAUUUUGUUGAUGUUGAAGACAAAUCCAUCAGACAGUGGAGUGUUGUGUGAUAAGGCCAAAACUUUAUUUCUUCUUUACAAAGGCAAGGUCAAGGCCCUUAAAGACAGUGUGCAUUCAGUUGAAGAACAGAAAUCAAUGUUUCAAGAGUUGCUGGAGCUGGCACAAAAAGUAAACGACACAGCUGAUCUGAAUACAGUCGCCAUGGCAGCGUAUAUGGUGAUGAACCUAAACUACAGCCAGAACAACCAGGAGAACUCUGCCGUAUCUGGAUGUGUCCAGCUGGUGAAGGACCUGCUACAGAACAUCAUCCUCAGAAAACAAACCAAGCCCCACGUCUUGUUCUUCACCUCACUGAUAGAGCUGGAUCCACUGAGGUUUCAGGUGUUGAGUGACAUGUUGGUGGGAUGUUUGAAAGAUGAGACCACAAAGACACAUUGUCGGCUGGUGUGUUGUACUUUACUUGCCAGUCUGGCCCGGAAAACUGAUGGGAUGCAGCAAGAAGCCAGAGACCACAUGUCCAGGUGGAUGACAGAAACAGCUGACUGUCUCAGUCAGCUGAUCAAUAGCACAGAUAAGGACAACCUAAAGGUGAUGUUGAUGAAGGAAAUGUUGGGGCUGGUUGUUGCUCUACAGGCCAGGGGGGACAUUGUUUCUCAGCCUCUGUUUGAUGCCAGUGUCCAGCAACAUUUGACUGUGUUAAAACCCAGGGUAAAUACAGAUCUCAGGAGACUGUCCAACAGAGUUAUUGCUAGUAUAGAGAAAAGUUUAUCUAGCAAGAAGAAGCAGAAGAAACAGAAAAGAAAGUUAAAUGAUUCACAAGAUGACACAUCACCUGCCAGCCUACCUGCCACUCCACCUGCCACUUCACCUGCAAAGAAAAAACGAAAAAUGUAAUGUGUAUCUGACUCUAAUUAAGCAAACAAAAUAAACA